UCAUGGGGGUUGGCUGGAUAUAAACGAGUCAGCUAAAAGAAGUAAGUAAAGAAAGAAACCUGCCACAAAGUUGACAGUUGCUGGUAAUGGAAAUAAACAGGGUGAUAUGCCAGACCAACUAGGUGAGGAGAGAGGCCAUUGGAGACUUCAGACAGAAUUGUUGGGGAGGUGAGGUGGUAUCUGUGCUGAGACUCGGAGGAUGAGAGAACCAAGAAGAGUCUGCGACGCGGCAUAGCAGGAAGGCAGGCCCUGAUUUGUGACCAAGGCGUCUCCUCCAAGACCAAUGUCAAGUGAUGUCAUUAGAGAGGUGCACAUGUGGAGAGGGUGGCCACAAGAGAGCCUUCAUGGUGCCAUGCUGGAGAGGUCACCCCAGCUGUCCUCAACUCUGGCCAACUGGAGAGCGCUGCUGGCCUGGGCGCCCUCUCCCUUCAGUUAACCCAAGAAGGUCUAGCCCCUUAAACUCCCCUCUCCAGGCUUCCUGACUGUCCUUCUGGACACACCAUCUUUUAGAGGAGCUGAGGGGCCAGUGAAUUUAAUGCGUUGGAAGUCCAUAGUCCACGGGGCUUUGGUGAAAUUAAUGGGCCAUGGCUUAGAUAGGGGAUCACUCCAGCCAUUUACCACAAGGGAAGUAGUCCAAGCCACAGAUCCAUUGCUUCAGUUCUGCUUUCCCAAGAUGCUACUCUGCCACAGUGACUGGGUUGGAGGCACCCCAAAAUUCAAUCACACUCUUAGUCCCUUGGCCCCUUUCCCCAUGCAUUUGCCUCCUCCAUUUUGGGUUCUUUGUUCUCAUUUCACUCUCAAAAGGAAAGUCAUUUUCAGAUUCUGAGGCCACCAAAAUUUACCCCAGGUGUUGAAGACUUGUAACAGGGGCCAUCCUCCAUCACCUUCCAGAAAGAAUUUCAAGAGAUCGGCCUGGAAUUAGAGUCAGAGGUCUCUGUGCAAGUUUCCAUGUACCUAUAUGUCUGCAGGUAAAUCCUAUCAGUCCCUCCAAGUCCUGGUUUCAUCUUUAAUAUGAAGAUGAACAUAAUGGUCUCGCAGGCUUAUUGUGAGGCCCUAACAAGACAAUGCAUGUAAACAGCCCAGCACCACAGAAAGUUAAAGGGAUGAUAAUUCCAGGACAGACACAAGGACACAAACAAACCCCCAAGGAAUGUUGGCUGUGACAGCACCAAAAGUAAAUCCCGAAGAGAUGCUCAAAUGAGUUGGGGGAGGGAAAGUGGUGUGAGGCUGCUUAUUGCAUUAGAAUAGUUUCCCAUAUUUAGAAAAUUUCUGAACAGAGGAGGCAAAUUAUGAGUGUGGUUCAGUGGAGACAAGAGGGAAUGGAUUUCCCAGCUGAGACUGAUAGGACAUGCCUUUUCAGCCCUUACCUGGAAUUAGAGAAUAAAGUACCUAUUAGAUAUCAAGUCUCUUAGAGAAGUGUAUCUCAAACUUUAAUGUACAUACACCUAGGGAUCUGGUUAAAUGCAGAUUAUGACUCAAAGGGCUGCGAUUCUGCAUUUCUAACAAGCUCCCAGGUUACACAGCUGCUGGUAGUCUGUAAAUCACACUCUGAGUAGGGGGAGGAGAAACCUUCUAGGUGUAAAGACCAGCUUAAUGCAAGGGACCCGUGGCACUGGAAAACCUGAAAGAACGUCAGUGUGACUGGAGCGCAGAGAGUUUGGGGAGAGAUGUGAGGUGGAGCUGCAGAGAGCACAGGGUCACGUUUGAGAUAUCUAGAAAAUUAGUAUUUACCUUGACAGUGAGAAGACAUUGAAGGCUGUUAAGUAGGAAAGGGACAUGAACAGAUACACUUUUUUUUUUUGGCUACGUGGGGUCUUUGUUGCUGCGCGCAGGCUUUCUCUAGUUGCAGCGAGCGGGGGGUACUCUUCUUUGUGGUGUGCAGGCUUCUCCUUGCAGUGGCUUCUCUUGUUGCGGAGCAUGGGCUCUAGGCGCACAGGCUUCAGUAGUUGUGGCACGGGGGCUCAGUAGUUGUGGCUCACGGGCUCUAGAGCACAGGCUCAGUAGUUGUGUCACACGGGCUUAGUUGCUCCGGCAUGUGGGAUCUUCCUGGACCAGGGAUUGAACCCAUGUCCCCUGCAUUGGGAGGCAAGGCAAAUUCUUAACCACUGUGCCACCAGGGAAGUCCCAGAUCUGCAUUUUGAAAAGAUCACUCUGUCUGCACUAUGAACAACAGAUGGGGAAAAGGGAUGGAAACAAAGCAGAUGCAGAACACUGGUUAAGAAUUGAGGCUAAAGCAGUCUGUACAACAGGUAGCUUGACUAGUGGUGGUCGAGUUGGAGAGAAGCAGAAUAUCUGAGAACUAUAUAGGAAGUAAAACGGACAGGAUUUUGUAAAGGAUCUGACAUGGGGGUAAGGAAGAGGGCACUCCAAGGGCUGUCAGCUGAGCAUCUGGCCACAAUUGGAUGAUGAGGAAAGAUUCAGUGAGGAAAGAAGCACUAGAAGACAACCAGGGUGGUGGGGGGUUGGGGGGAAACAUGAGUUUGGUCUUGGAUGUAUUGAGUUUGAGAUCCCUGUGAGUCAUCCAAGGUAAGAGGUCAAAUAAGAGGUGGCUUCAUGGGUCUGGGGCUCAGAAGAGAGGUGGGAACUGGAAAUGUAGAUCUGGGGAUCAGGUUUGUAUUGGCUCGUAUUGUUUUUACUGGGGGUGAUCAAAGCCGUGGGCACAGGUGAGAUCCCGAGGUGGAAAGAACAGUGUGAGAUGAGGGGAGGACCUAGAACCAAGCCUCUGAAGAUCGCAGACACUGAAUGACGGCAAGGAGGAGGAGGAGAAGCCUGCAGUAGAGAAAAGAGGAGCAAGAGAAAGAAAACCAGGGGAGUGUGGGACUUAGCAGCCAAGGAAAAAAGUGGUUAGAGGAAGGGGUGGCCAACAGUGCCAAAUGCUGUUGAGAAAUGAUGGAGACUCAGCCAGGGAGGGGGUGGUGAAACCAGACAAUGGUCUUGUAGAGGACUAAGGCCAAGGCUGAGUACAGUGCCCAGCCCAGUCCACCAUAUGCAUGCCCCGUGUCAUCACUUCCAGUAUACCCGUCUGUCUCAGUAAGCUUCUCCAAGGUCGGUCUUGUCCAUCCUGUUAUCCCCAAAGCCCAGCACAAGGCCAGAACAUAGCAGACACUUAAUAAAUUUUACUGAUGAAUGAGUGGAUGGAUGGAUGGAUGGGUGGGUAGGUGGAUGGAUGGGUAGAUGAGAAAGAAGAACUGGAAGCAAAGGAGGAAUUGCUGGCAUCUGCCUGGGAUCUACUAUCCUUCAGGGUCUUUUUUUUUUUUUUUUCCUCUUUAUACCGCAAUGGUCCGCAGACCCAGGGAACGGAGACAGAGCCCCAUCCUCUCCCUCCGCUGGGCCCUGGCCCCCCUUCCUCUCUCUGACGAAGAGUCUGGACCGAAGGUUCUGCUGACGUGGGAAGGGGAGGAGAGUCUGGAGGAAGGGGAGGGGAAAGCAGCGCAGAGAUCGCAGAGACGAAGGAGGCGCCCGCGGCUGCAGAGCAGGGUCUCUCCGGCUUCUGUGUCCGGGCACCGGGCGCGCCACUGGGCCAGAGGGCAGUGCAUCCUUUCGGUGCGGGCCGCCAGGGCCCCUGCGGUCGGCAAGCUGGCUCCCCGGGUGGCCACCGGGACCCCCGAGCCCAAUGGCGGGGGCGGCAGCAAAAUCGACAGCACUGUAGAGAUCACCCCCAGCCCCAAUGGACAGGUCGGGACCCUCGGAGAUGCGGUGCCCACGGAGCAGCUGCAGGGUGAGCGGGAGCGCGAACGCGAGCGGGAUGGGGAGGGCGACGCGGGUGGCGACGGGAUGGGCAGCAGCCUGUCGCUGGCCGUGCCCCCCGGCCCCCUCAGCUUCGAGGCGCUGCUCGCCCAGGUGGGGGCGCUGGGCGGCGGCCAGCAGCUGCAGCUCGGCCUCUGCUGCCUGCCCGUGCUCUUUGUGGCGCUGGGCAUGGCCUCGGACCCCAUCUUCACGCUGGCGCCCCCGCUGCAUUGCCACUACGGGGCCUUCGCCCCCAACGCCUCUGGCUGGGAGCAGCCCCCCAACGCCAGCGGCGUCAGCGUCGCCAGCGCCGCCCUAGCAGCCAGCGCCGCCAGCCGCAUCGCCACCAGUACGGACCCCUCGUGCAGCGGCUUCGCCCCGCCGGACUUCAACCACUGCCUCAAGGACUGGGACUAUAACGGCCUCCCCGUGCUCACCACCAACGCCAUCGGCCAGUGGGAUCUGGUGUGUGACCUGGGCUGGCAGGUGAUCCUGGAGCAGAUCCUCUUCAUCUUGGGCUUUGCCUCUGGCUACCUGUUCCUGGGCUACCCGGCAGACAGGUUUGGCCGUCGUGGGAUUGUGUUGCUGACCUUGGGACUGGUGGGCCCCUGUGGAGUGGGAGGGGCUGCUGCAGGCUCCUCCACAGGUGUCAUGGCACUCCGAUUCCUCCUGGGCUUUCUGCUUGCCGGCGUUGACCUUGGUGUCUACCUGAUGCGCCUGGAGCUGUGCGACCCAACCCAGAGGCUUCGGGUGGCCCUGGCAGGGGAGUUGGUGGGGGUAGGGGGGCACUUCCUGUUCCUGGGCCUGGCCCUUGUCUCUAAGGACUGGCGAUUUCUGCAGCGAAUGAUCACCGCUCCCUGCAUCCUCUUCCUGUUUUAUGGCUGGCCUGGUCUGUUUCUGGAGUCUGCACGGUGGCUGAUAGUGAAGCGACAGAUUGAGGAGGCCCAGUCUGUGCUGAGGAUACUGGCUGAGCGGAACCGGCCCCACGGGCAGAUGCUGGGAGAGGAGGCCCAGGAGGCCCUGCAGGACCUGGAGAACACCUGCCCUCUCCCUGCAACAUCCUCCUUUUCCUUCGCUUCCCUCCUCAACUACCGCAACAUCUGGAAAAAUCUACUUAUCCUGGGAUUCACCAACUUUAUUGCCCACGCCAUUCGUCACUGCUACCAGCCUGUGGGAGGAGGAGGGAGCCCAUCGGACUUCUACCUGUGCUCCUUGCUGGCCAGCGGCACAGCUGCCCUGGCCUGCGUCUUCCUGGGGGUCACCGUGGACCGAUUUGGCCGCCGGGGCAUCCUGCUUCUCUCGAUGACCCUCACUGGCAUUGCGUCCCUGGUCCUGCUGGGCCUGUGGGAUUGUGAGCAUCCUCCCUUCCCCACGGUGUGGGCUCAGCAAAGGAACCCCAGCAGAGAUCUGAACGAGGCUGCCAUCACCACCUUCUCCGUCCUUGGCCUCUUCUCCUCCCAAGCUGCUGGCAUCCUCAGCACGCUCCUUGCUGCUGAAGUCAUCCCUACCACUGUCCGGGGCCGAGGCCUGGGCCUGAUCAUGGCACUGGGGGCACUUGGCGGGCUGAGUGGCCCAGCCCAGCGCCUCCACAUGGGCCACGGAGCUUUCCUGCAGCACGUGGUGCUGGCGGCCUGUGCUCUCCUCUGCAUCCUCAGCAUCAUGCUUCUGCCGGAGACCAAACGCAAGCUCCUGCCCGAGGUGCUCCGGGAUGGGGAGCUGUGCCGCCGGCCCUCCCUGCUGCGGCGGCCACCCCCUAACCGCUGUGACCACGUUCCACUGCUUGCCACCCCCAACCCUGCCCUCUGAGCGACCUUCGAGCACCCUGGCAGGAGGCUGGCCCAUACAGAAAGGUGGCACAAGGCCCUGGCAAGGAGAGCGGGAGGACUGAAUGAGGAAGGCAGGGCUGCCCUGAAGCCUCAGAGGCAUCUCACGCCAGUCAUCAUGGAGAGCUCAGAGGGCUGCCCUCAACCCCAUCUCCUCCUUGCUGCUUUGUGUUCACUUCCUUGGCAAGAGUCAGGGGACAGGGAGGGAGCUCCACACUGUAUCCACCAGGUCUGGGCUCCAUCCUAUGCCCAAAGACAUCCUCCCAGACCUCAUUCUUUCUUGCUCUAUCAUUCUGUUUCAAUAAAGACAUUUUGAAUAAAUGAGCAUACCAUA